GCGUGUGUCUGCGUGUCUCCAAGUGGUCGUGCCUCCCCCUCUCCUCCACGCCGCCAAGGUCCUCGGCUCCGCCAAGCUCUGCCAGGUGCUGGCAUCUGCAUUCACAGCGGCAGCGGCAGCAGCAGCAGCAGCAGCAGACACCCCCGCUCCACUCCUCUCCUCUCCGCUCUGACGGUGCCGAGAUCUCGCUGCGCAGCCCUCGUUGUCCCGCAGAGAUGAGCCUGUGGCCGCAGAUGGAGGAUGCGGCUCUGGAGGAGCUGCAGCGGAGGCUGGAUGCAGUCGCCCAUGGCAUUGAUGAGAUCAUGCAGAAGGAGAGCAGUCCCCUCUGUGCUGCAGACAUUGGCCCCGACCUCAGGAAACAGUUUGCCUUCCUGUCAGGGGGUCGAGGGGAGAAUGGAAGCCCCAUCAUUGUGUUCCCCGAAUUUCCUGCCUUCAGCGAGCUCCAGGAGCAGGAGUUUCACAACGUGCUGACCUACCUGACCAGCAUUCCCAGCCUGACGGCCGCAGGGGUCGGGUUCAUCCUGGUCAUCGACCGGCGGCAGGACAGAUGGGCGUCCGUGAAGGGGACGCUUCUGCGCAUCGCGGGCUCAUUCCCAGGGAAUCUGCAGCUGGUUCUGGUGCUGCGCCCCACCACGCUGCUCCAGCGGACUCUGUCGGACAUCUUCUUCAAGUUCAACAGGGAUGAAUUUAAAAUGAAGGUGCCGGUGAUAAUGCUGAGCUCCGUCACGGAGCUCCACAGCUACAUCGACAGGACCCAGCUGACCCAGGAGCUGGGCGGAACGCAGGAGUACUGCCACGAGAAGUGGAUCUCACACCGCACUGCUAUUGAAGGCUUUGCUCUCAUGGUAAAGAAGACUGCACAAACUCUUCAGUCCUUUGGGACAGAGCUGGCUGAAACAGAGCUCCCCAACGAUGUCCAGGCCACCACCAACCUUCUGGGAAUUCAUAUGGAGAAGAGGGACAAGAUGAAGGAGGAUCUUAGAAUAGCCCUGAACCAGGGGCACCGGCUCCUGGAGAGCAUCAAUGAGCCACUGGUGAAGGACCCGGACUAUACCAUGAACCAGGAUGAGCUGGAGAACCUGGCCACCGUACAGAGGCUGCUGUCACAGCUGGAUGAGACAGAGACAGCGUUUGAUGAAUUCUGGGAGCGGCACCAGACUAAGCUAGAGCAGUGCUUGCAGCUGCGUCACUUUGAGCACACCUUCCGGGAGGUGAGGGCUCAGCUGGACCUGGCUGCUGAGCGCCUGUCAGUCUUCUCUGAGGUGGGCAUCAACCCUGCCCAUGCCGAGCACAUCCUGAGAGACCUGAUGUAUCAUGAGGAGAGGACCUGCGACGUCCUGGACCGGGCCCAGGCGCUGGCCUGCGAGGGCGACCGCCUCAUCGAGAGUGCCCACUAUGCCGUGGACUCCAUCCUGCCCAAGUGCAGCGAGCUGCGCGCCGCCAGUGAGGACCUGACGGCCGCCAUGAAGGCCAGGAAGGCACACCUGCUCAAGGCCAUGGAGCUGCAGCAGAGUCUGGAGAAGGCUGCUAAGUGGUGUGAGGAUGGCAUCUACCUGCUGGCGUCCCAACCUGUGGACAAGUGCCAAUCACAGGAGGGGGCGGAGUCUGCCCUGCAGGAAAUAGAACGCUACCUGGAGACAGCUGGGCAGCACAACAAGCUAACGGACCUCAACUCCAUCUGGAGGGAGUACGACUCCGUGCUCAAUGCCGAGUUUAGGGAGCAUGUGGAGAGGGUGUUCCAGAAGCAGGUGUCCAUGCAAGAGAUGUUCGAGAAGCGCAGGGUCAGCCUGAAGAAGUUGGCGGCCAAGCAGACCCGACCUGUCCAGCCCGUGGCCCCCCGGCCUGAGGCCAUCAAGUCACCCCUGUCAUCCCCCGUCCACCUGGGACCAGAGAAAACAUGCACCAAUGGAGACUCAGUGAAUGGGGUGACCUGCAGAAAAGCCGACAUCAACAUCCAGAGCAGUAGCAGACAUGCAUCACUCUCCGAGGAAGAGGAGAACCUGGCUGUGCUGAGACGACAUGUGAUGAACGAGCUCCUGGAGACGGAGAGGGCUUACGUAGAGGAGCUGCUCUGCGUCCUGCAGGGCUACGGGGCAGAGAUGGACAACCCUGCCAUGGCACACCUCAUCCCCAGCACCCUGCAGAACAAGAAGGAUGUCCUGUUUGGGAACAUGGCAGAGAUCUACCAGUUCCACAAGAGUACCUUCCUCAGGGAGCUGGAGGCCUACACAGAGUGUCCUGAGCUCGUGGGCCGCUGUUUCCUGGAGAGGAUGACUGAUCUGCAGAUCUAUGAGAAAUACUGCCAGAAUAAACCUCGCUCUGAGAGUCUAUGGAGGCAAUGCUCCGACUGUUCCUUCUUCCAAGAGUGUCAAAAAAAGCUGGAGCACAAACUGGGUUUGGACUCCUACCUGCUGAAACCAGUGCAGAGAAUAACAAAGUACCAGCUCUUACUCAAGGAGCUGCUUAAAUACAGCAGGAACUGCGAGGGGGCAGAUGACCUGCAGGAGGCACUGUCCUCCAUCCUGGGCAUCCUGAAGGCCGUCAACGACUCCAUGCACCUCAUCGCCAUCACUGGAUACGAGGGCAACCUGAGCGACCUGGGCCGGCUGCUGAUGCAGGGCUCCUUCAGUGUGUGGACGGAGCACAAGAAGGGGCAUGCAAAGGUCAAGGACCUGGCGCGCUUCAAGCCCAUGCAGCGGCACCUGUUCUUGCACGAGAAGGCACUGCUCUUCUGCAAGCGGCGCGAGGAGAACGGCGAGGGCUACGAGAAGGCCCCCUCCUACAGCUUCAAGCACUCGCUCAGCAUGAGCGCAGUGGGCAUCACAGAGAACGCAAAGGGUGACAACAAGAAGUUUGAGAUCUGGUGCAACUCCAGAGAGGAGGUGUACAUCGUGCAGGCCCCGACACCUGAGAUCAAGACGGCGUGGGUAAAUGAGAUCCGGAAGGUUCUGACUGGCCAGCUGAAGGCCUGCAGAGAAGCCAGCCAGCAGAGGGUGUCAGAUCAGGUGUUCCAGUUUCCACCUGCCAACCCUGCACCUGUCAGCCUCAGUCCCUUGAAAAACAACCAGAAGAACACAAAGAAGGGGGAGGAGAAGAAGGCGGAGCCUCCCAGCCCUGAUGCUAACUCCUCCCCAUCGCCAAAGUCAGCAGACAAAGGCAAAGACGAGGCAGUCAUCAGCCCCACCACAGAGAGAGCAGCCGUGGCUAAAAAGCGCUUUACCCUGCAGGGUUUCAGCAACCUCAAGAGCCAGAAAGGAUCUCCCACUAGCCCCGACCACAAAACCAAACGUCAUGAGAUUAAGAGUGACCCAACUCCAUUUGGCCUUAGAGGCUGGGCCAAAGCCUCCCUUUCAUUGGACGCCUCUGAAGAGAACGAUGGAUAUUCCAGUGCUGAGGACCCCCUGAACUCUGACCCUGAGGAUGAGGGAGGCAAGAAACUGUCUCCAGGGAAGUACACGGUGAUGGCCGACUAUGAGAAGGGAGGGCCGCAGGACCUAUCAGUCAAGAGCGGUGAUGUUGUACAGCUGAUCAAGGAGGGAGACGACGGACAGUGGUUUGUGCGCAACCUCAAAACCAGCAAGGAGGGGUGGGUCGCGGCUGCAAACCUGCUGACUCUGAUUGGACAGUCCAUGUCUUCCCAGUCCCUAACCAGCUCAGAGUGCAGCGGAUCUGGCAACCUGAGUACCUCGUCUAGCUGCAGCGAGACCUAUACCAGCUUCUCUGACAUCAAGGCCUAGUGCCCGGUACAGCCGUACCCUGCAGCACCCCCUGGUGUCCAGCACCUGCACAUCAUCACUUCCACUGCUCCCAUGUUCACACUCACAUUCAGGCACUGGAAAGGGGCAGAAAGUGUGAACUCCUUUGUUUUACAUGUGAUGAGGGACAUGUUUUGAGGUUUUAUAUUAAGGACAGGGGCUCCUGCCCCUCUUGCGGGGGCUGACACUGUGCAGCCCAGACGCCUCAGCGCUGCUCACCCUCCCACCCAAAUGCAGACAGAUCCGGACCUGUCAGCCCUAUGGCCCCAGCCCGCACUAACAAGGUGGCAGUAUCUGGACCCUGACUCCGGGACACGGCCUAACGCAGCACAACAGACCCCUCUUUCCUGCUCAUUGUUACCCACCACUAUAGGUGUCGGUCUAUUUGAUAAUCCCUGUGUGUGUCCCAGAAUGGUCCAAUCACAUAAAGAGUAUCCCAAAAAAAAGACUGUAUAUUUAAAAAAACAUGUAUAAAUAUAAAAAUGUGUUAACCACGCUGACUGCCAUGUACAGCAUGAGAAGCCUGUUACGGUGAGACAGGGAGCUCUGUUCACUCACACAGAACCCAAGGGAGGCGCAGGUGGGCUUUUACCAUGAUCCACUCUGGCAAAGACCUUCUCCCAUCCCUGUGGCCCAACGCGCCGAACCCAAUGGCAUGCAACCAGCGCACAAGAUGACAAGAAGACUGUGAACACGAGGGCUGCCACCAGCAAGGAAGACACACUGGCCCUGCCUUGUUUCCAACCUUUUCCUGAAGAAUCACAGCAAUGUAAUUUCUUAUUUUUCUACACAUAUUCCCUAUACAGAGAGUGAGUGAUACCUUCAGAAUGGGUUGAUGAACCACACCACUUUUCCUGUGGUUUACUGCGACCUUUACUGGUCAGCUGGGGGGGUUUAUCCCACAUGAACAGCUCUUAAAGUGGUGUAUAGUUUUACUUUGUAUAGUUUGUAUAGAUCUGACCUAUUACCUCACUUGGUUCCACUGAACAGUCAUCAUAAUGGUUACUUCAUGGGUCGUUGUCUUAAAAAGCUAUCAUACCAUCAUGAUGUGCUGCUUUCUGUCACUUCAGCGUCAGUGGUGAUUGUUGGUGCUAGUGAAAGCUCCUCAGGUUAUGAGGACAUUUCAUUUUACCAUGGUUCCUCUGUUUUACCAUGAUUAUACAUUGUUUCCACAGAAAAGAAUGCCUUGAUAGGGUUUUUCAGACAACGCCAUGAAAUUGAAAAAUAUCCUGUUUCACUCUUCACAGCAAAAAAAAAAAAAAAAAAAUCAGCCAUACAAAGGUCUAGCCCUAAAAGAUUACUAGGUUUGACAUGCCCUACCAGUACACAAAUAAAAACCAUAUUCAUAAAGACAAAUUCCCAAAGGUCAUUAAACCUGUUUAGGUAAUGGAACACAUAUUGUAUAUGAGAAAUACGUAUGUGUUUGGAUUGUAAAAAGUGUACAGUGUCUGUGUCCAUCAUCAUGAUGUAUCAAAUUCAUUCUUAUUCUCAACUGUGUAUAGUUACCUGAAUCAAUGGUGAAGGUUGUAACAAUAAACCCAAUCCCGAAACAUUUCUCAAGCCUCCCCUAGCAUGUCAGAAUAACAUCUGAUACAUCAUUCAUUCAGGACAUUAUACUUUGUUUCAGACAGUAUGCUGAAUAAACAUUUCACAUUUUGAAACUGCUGUGAGGAAAUGUGAUGUAAAAUAUUGUACUUGUUUUACUUUGAUUUGCACUCUGUAAGUCAAUAUAAUUCUGAUGUAACUGUUUCUUGCACUUUAUGCAGCACAU